AUGUCAUUGGGUACUUUAUACGCUACACAGCAAAUAAGAAGUCUUCCAGCUAAAGCAUUGGCCAAGUAUUUUAACUUGGACAUCAAAAUUAGCGACAAGGAUGCUGCUUAUGAGAAGAAUUUCCCAUUGAACAAAAUCCCUGCUUUUAUUGGACCAAAGGGGUUCACUUUGACUGAAGUCAUUGCCAUUUGUCUUUAUUUUCCAGCCUUCGAUGUUGCUCCAGAUUGGGAAUCUUAUGAAUUCACCAAAUUGGAUGCAUCAAAGGAAGAAGACAAGAAGUUUUUUGACAACAUGUUGGCUUGGGAUGAACCGGUUGUUAUCAACGGCGAAAAAAGAGAAAUCUCUGAUGGUAAAGUUUUCAAGUAG